GCUAUCCGCCGUACUUGCUUGUAAUUUUUUUCCUUUACCGCUUCCUCGAAUCUCAUUCCUCUCACAGGAAUACAGACGUGCCUGCUUCAGCCACAUUCCUUUUCAUUCACAUACAAAAGAGAAAAGAGAAAAAGCAAGAAACUUAGGAGAAGAGAAAAAAAUGCAGGCGCAAAUGGCAUUGCAGCAGUCCAUGGAGCAGUACAUCAUGCUCGACUUCGCGAACAUCGUGUUGGAGCAGUGCUGGGACACGUGCUACGACCGCAACCUCACUCGGGCAGAACUCGCCUCCGGUGACAUACCCGAUGUGAAAUUUCAAAAGAUGGACGCGUGCGCACGGAAGUGUGUGGGGCGACACUUCGAGGUGAUGAAGCUAAUGAUGGAGAGCCGCGAGAUUCGCGCGAAGGAGGAGGCGCAGGGCCUGGCACCCGGUACGCUGAGUCAGCCGAGUUGA